AUCACGGAAGGCACAAAGCCACAAGGGCCCCCAACGAACCCGGGUAGGGGAGGGGAGGGAGCAGCGCAGCGAGCGCUGCGCAGCGAGACGCGGGCUGGGUCGCCGGUGGCAGCGAGAGGCGCCAUGCCGCCGCUGCUCGGAGGCGCCGACCUCUGGCGGCCCGCCGCCGCCGCCCGUGGGGGCGGGUGGGCCACGGCCGCCGCGCUCCUCGUCGUCAUCGUGUCCCACCUCGCCGUCCUCCUCAUCCGCCGCCGCCUCCGCCGCCCCGGCGGAGUCGAUCGAAUCGCCCCCACCGAGGCCGCCCCCGCGGCGGCGCCCGCGCCCGCCUCCGCCUCCGGGCUGGAGGGGCUCGUGACGGAGGACGAUCUGAGGCAGCUGGUGGGAAGCCUUGGCGUGGGUGCGCGCGAGCCGGAGGCGGAGGGCUGGGAGCAUGUGAUCUCCAAGGGGAACGACGACGUCUCCUACAGAGCCUGGUGCGACAAGCCCACGGCUGGUCCUCCAAAAUAUCUAAGUAUUACAACAUAUGAGAGAUGCUCAACAGAGCAAUUGAGGGACUUCUACAUGGAUAACGAAUACAGAAUGGAGUGGGAUAACACUGUCACAAAGCAUGAGCAGCUGCAGUAUGAUGAGAGCAGUGGGGUGGAGGUAGGGAGAACGAUUAAGAAGUUUCCACUUCUGACACCAAGAGAGUACAUAUUAGCAUGGCGAGUCUGGGAAGCAAAUGACAAAUCUUUCUAUUGUUUUAUCAAGGAAUGUGAACAUCCUCUUGCGGCACGACAGAAAAAGUUCGUUAGAGUGCGUCUUCUAAGAUCAGGAUGGUGUAUUAGUAAAAUCCCUGGCAGGGAUGCAUGCCAAAUCACAGUGCUGCAUCAUGAGGAUAAUGGAAUGAACAUAGAGAUGGCAAAGCUAGCCUUUUCCAAGGGCAUCUGGAGCUACAUAUGUAAAAUGAACAAUGCUCUACGUCGGUAUCCUCAGUAUCGCAGUCCGUCGGUAUCUAUCCUGACCAUGCAAAAACUUAUUAAGAAGUUUCCCCAGGACUUGGAGACUGCCAUGGAUGCAAGUUUUGCAGCUUCCCAGACUACAGCAGGAACGGCUGUUCCUUCAACCCAGACUGCCAGGACAUCAUCAUGCAAGCUACCAGGCAAGAAGUCUUCUCGGCAAAUGAUCGCAAGUGGACUUCUGCUGGUUGGAAGCAUUGUUUGCCUAUCUCGAGGCCGAUCCAACCUUGGGGCUCAGCUCGCAAUGGCAUUCUUCCUGAAGAAGGCCUUCAAGCAAGAGAGAGAAUCAGGUUCAUCGACAUCAAGGGGGAAAAGAGAUGUCACUAGAUCCAGGAGGUAGCAGCAGUAUAGGUCAGUAUUAACCUUGUUCGAAUUGAAAAAAAAAAAUGACCACUCUGUUUGAUUGGUACUGAUUGUAAAGAGUUUUUUCAGCACGAAUUAUGUAAAUAAUCGUUUUGAAAUAACAACAUACAUGAACACAGUAAACUUUGUUGUCUCAUCGGGUUGACAUAAAUAUGUUUUCCUGAAGUAUACUAAGUAUGUAUCCUUUAA